UAGGCUAUCUAUGUGUUGCUUUCCAUCAAACCAUGUCAUGGCCAACUUGUUACGGCUUGAAACUGCCGUGAAAGACAGCAAACCCUUCCCGUGCAUCACCUAGUCACCGCUAUCCUUUUAUUCUCUCUAAUGGCUGCGAGACAUGUCACUUCCCAUGGGCCGACUCUCUCACCGCCUUGAUCUACCAUACUCGCACAAUGUGGCCCUUAGUCGAGGGACGGGUCCGAGACCUCGCAUUGAUUUUGCUUGUAUCACUCUUUCUGCCCCAUGCCACCUACGCCCAAGGUGACGGCCCUGGCGCGUCCGGCCUUGAGCCCACCUGCGAAUCGCGGACUGUAAACUAUAUUACCGACUCGCUGCCUCAGCAGUGCCUGACUACCGGAUCCAUUGGCUCGCUACCCACCACCGAUACGGCCUCCAUUACUGCGACUGUUAGUAGUACUUCUGCCAGCGCCGACCCCUCGGCCCACGCGAGCGAUGCCGUACAUGAUGAACUCGAUCCUGAGGGAGAGGACUUGAGCACCGGUGCUUUCAUGUCCUUCGAGGAAUGGAAGGCCAUGAUGCUGGCCAAAUCCGGCCCCGACGCCCUCGACGCCAAGACACGCAGGCAAAGGGACGGACGCCCUGACGCGGGCCCGGGAGAUAGCUUCGACAGUCUCGGAGAUGAGGGCGAGAUUUCCUUCGAUUUCGACUCGUACUCUGACAAGAUCUCUGAGAUUGCUUCCUCGGCACGGCCUCGCGAGCAUGAGAAAGAAACAAAAGAGCAAGUAGAGGUAGUGGCGUACGACGAGGGCUUCACAUACUACCGGAGCAAAGACGCCGGCACCACAUGCAAGGAGAGGUUCUCCUACUCGUCCUUCGAUGCCGGCGCAACAGUCAAGAAGACGAGUCCCGGGGCCAAGAACCCUACCGCGAUCCUGGUGGAAAAUAAAGACUCUUACAUGCUGCUGGAAUGCGGCAGGAAGAAUAAGUUCUUCAUCGUCGAGCUUAGCGAUGUAAUUCUAGUCGACACCGUCGUUAUCGCCAACUUCGAGUUCUUCUCUAGCAUGGUGCGUGAGUUCAGGGUGAGCAUAAGCGAUCGCUAUCCCGUCAAACUAGACAAGUGGAAGGUUUUGGGCAACUUCCAAGCUCGAAACUCGAGGGACAUUCAACCCUUCCUUAUUGAAAACCCGCAAGAUUGGGCACGAUACUUACGAGUCGAGAUUCUCAGUCAUUACGGAAAUGAGUAUUAUUGCCCUGUAUCUCUAUUGCGCGUUCACGGACUUCGCAUGUUAGAUUCUUGGAAGCAAGUUGACCCAUCUGAGCUUGAAGGUGAAGAUGAGAAUCCUACCCUUCCAGUAGAACCAGUGGAGGAGACAUUCGAAGUAGCCGAUGAACCACCAGUAGAAACGGAGGUUAUUAAACACGUGCCAACCUCGAAUUACUCUAUCAUCGAGGAACAGAGCUGUUGGACACCUUAUUGGGAUAGGUCUUACUUUGACCAUGCCUUCGUGCUUGACAAAAACUGCGCCCAAGUAAUUAGCGCAGGGUUUAUUGUACCUGUUCACAGCACUGCGCAACAUAGAAAUGCCUUAACAGGGCCUCAAUCAGCUAGCUCUGGCGAGCAGGCUAGUUCUACGAUACUAAACGGCUCCACGGCAGCCCCUACAACAAAACAGACAUCAGAAUCAUCAGUUGAAAUAACUGGUUCCGGAUCCUCAGUCUCUGCAUCCACAGAACUAUCUGUGAGUGUCGGCGUUAGCACAGCAGCACCGUCUUCACCAGGGUCGAAAGAUAAUGCCUCUACCACGGCUUCCAACCUCUCGGCGUCGCAAACUAGUAAUGAAAACGCAACAAUUCAGAAUACUGCGAAAGGAAAACCUACAGCUUCAACCUCUGUCAAGCCCCCAUCAUCCCGGUCAUCGGCAAAAGCCUCCUCCAGUUCACAGACUGCUGCUCGCAGCAAACCCAGCGGUACAGUUUCUGCACCACCACCAGGACCAACGGUACAGGAUUCAUUCUUCAAGGCUUUGACGAAGCGCCUGCAGAUUCUUGAGACCAAUACUACAUUGUCUCUCCAGUACAUAGAGUCACAGUCCAGAUUUCUUCAAGAAGCGCUCGCUAAGCUCGAGCGGAGGCAGAUCGCCAAGGUCGAUCUCUUUCUUGACAAACUGAAUAACACUGUGCUAGGUGAGCUUCGAGAAGUCAGAACAUUGUACGACCAUAUCUGGCAGUCAACUGUCAUCGCACUAGAGUCACAGCGAGAACAAGCCGAACAUGAAAUCGUGGCCUUGAGUACGCGUGUCGGUGUCCUAGCAGACGAGGUCGCCUUUCAGAAGCGCAUGGCCAUCGUCCAGAGCGUGCUUCUGCUUGGCUGUCUUGUAUUGGUCAUCUUCUCGCGCGGAUUUGCCGGCUCUGCCGUGGAGGCUUACUACCCGGCCCAGUUUCUCACGACAUCCUCUCGACUAGCCUCCCCGACUCUCCCCUCCACACCCAAGGCACAGCAGCUCAGAGUCGCCCGUCUCAGCAUGGGUUUGUCCGGAGACUCAGCCAAUACGACUCCCGCUAGGAGUCGGCCGAACAGUCAUUCUACACCACGCGGCAAUAAUGCCCUGAGUGCUGGUGGAACCCCCAAAGCACGGAGUCGAGUGAAUUCUAAUAAGAUAGAUUCAGACCCGGGACUCAGGCCACCAACUCCAAGUAGAGCUCGCUCGGAUCCCUCAGGCUUGGACUUCCAGCCGCCCACACCCUCUAGUAUAGAAGAAAUGGCGUACGAUUCUGAGCCAGCCAUGACGCCUGGCGGUGAUUACUUCUCGGCAGUGACGAGCGUGAAUGGCGAUCCUUCAACAACAGAAGUAGAAGGCGAAGAAGAAGACGACGAGGAGGGAAGGGUAGUAUCCAUGACAUACCCCGAAAUGCUCGCAAUGCAGCAGUCCGAGAGGCAGCUCACACCAACGUCGGAGACGGAGGGGGAAGGGCUAGGGUCUUCUUCCUCAGAUUAUAGUAACAAUGUAGUGCCGUCACGAUCAUCAUCAGGCAGGCCUGGUCUGACACAUUCUGGCUCUACGCGAAAACCGUUGCCCGCGUUACCUGAGGAUCCCGAUUAGGAUAGGGUUACACAGGGACUCUGGGAACAAUUAUUGUAAAUAGUCAUGUCGAUGCAUGUAUAGAUACGUUGAAAUUCUGAUCACGGAUAAAGUAUGAUAGAAUAGCGAAGAAAUGAAUGAAUUACCAGCGCAAA